UGGACCUUCCAGGCGGGGAGUCCUCGGCUGUGCGGUGUUGGUGGGGAAGCCUCGGAGCUCAGACCCGGCCAUGCUGCUGAACAAGAAGAAGGAAGCGGUGGCCCGAAGAGCCACGCACUCGGUGCUGAGCGAGGAGACGGUGAUCGCCGUGGAGUUCAGCCCGUUCGACAGCUGCGACGCCGGCACCCUAAUCGCCUACGGAGGGGACAACUACGUGGUGGUGGGCAGCUGUCGCUUCCAGGAAGAAGAUGCGGAAGUUAAAGGUAUGGAAUACAAGACCUUGCAGACCUUUUACAGAGGAGUGCGAGUGGGUGCCAUUGCCUGGAGCCCAGAGACAAAGACCGACACACUGACGCCCCUGGUAAGGUUAUGCACAGCGGAUGCCGACAGGAAGUUACGGCUACUGACGUCUGAUCUGAAAGGCAGCACGUGGAAGGUCAUUGAAGGCCACACGGAUUACAUCAACGACCUGGUCUUCGAGCCCGUCAAUGGUAAACAGAUAGCGAGCGUGAGUGACGACCACACAUGCCGUAUCUGGGACCUCGACGGAAAUCAAAAGACUUCGUUUCUGCUCCACUCUCCGGGAAUGAGCUUGUGUUGGCACCCUGAAGAAGUCUUCAAGCUGAUGGUGGCAGAGAAGAACGGGACCGUCCGCUUUUACGAUCUGGUCACCCAGCAAGCCAUUCUGUCGCUGGACUGUGGGCAGAUGCCGCUGAUGUCAGCUGACUGGUGUCUAGGGAACACGAUUAAAGUUGGCGCAGUAGCGGGGAAUGACUGGUUGAUCUGGGACAUCACCCGCUCCAGUUAUCCCCAGGAGAAACGACCAUCACACUUAGAUGGAGCUCACAGAUUUCGGUGGUCAAAAGCCAAUGAAAAUCUUUUUGCAACAAUUGGCUACCCCGGCAAGAUGGACAGUCAACUCCUUGUGCACCAUUUGGGUCACCCACAGGCAAUCCUGGUCGGCUCUGCCCCCGUUGCUUCAGGAAUAAGCUGGCAUCGGACACUCCCAUUGUGUGCCAUGGGCGGAGAUCGGAAAGUUUUAUUUUGGAUGACGGAAAUGUAGAGAAGAUCCUUUUUGUCUGUUCAUUCACACUGUGGAACAUUUUAAAUGUGAGCCUUGUUGCUGUGCAGGAAGCUGAUACGGUCUCAGCACCUCAUCCGCUCCAUUCGAGAAGGCCUCGAUGUGAAACAUUAAAGUUUUUGUUUUUUGUGAAUAUCA